AUGAGGCUUCCUGUCUGGCUGUGGCUGAGCUCCACGGUCCUCGCUGCCUGCCGAGCAGUGGAGGAGCACAACCUGACUGAAGGGCUGGGGGAUGCGAGCGCCCAGGCUGCCUGCCCUGCGAGGUUGGAGGGCAGCGGGAGGUGCGAGGGGAACCAGUGCCCCUUCCAGCUCACCCUGCCCACGCUGACCCUCCAGCUCCCGCGGCAGUUCGGCACUAUGGAGGAGGUGCUCAAAGAAGUGCAGACCCUCAAGGAAGCCGUGGAAAGUCUAAAGAAAUCCUGCCAAGACUGCAAGUUACAGGCUGACGACCAUCGAGAGUCCGGCUGGAAUGGAGCAGAGACAGCCGAGGACAAUCGAGUCCAGGAACUGGAGAGUCAGGUGAACAAGCUGUCUUUGGAGCUGAAGAAUGCGAAGGAUGAGAUCCAGGGGCUGCAGGGGCGCCUGGAGACGCUCCAUCUGGUAAAUAGGAACAGCAUCGAGAACUACGUGGACAACAAAGUUGCAAAUCUAACCUUUGUUGUCAACAGUUUGGAUGGCAAGUGUUCCAAGUGCCCCAGCCAAGAACACGUCCAGCCACAGCCAGUUCAACAUCUAAUAUACAAAGAUUGUUCUGACUACUACGUGAUAGGAAGGAGAAGCAGUGGAACCUACAGAGUUACGCCUGAUCAUAGGAACAGCAGCUUCGAGGUCUACUGCGACAUGGAGACCAUGGGUGGAGGCUGGACGGUGCUGCAGGCUCGCCUUGACGGCAGCACUAACUUCACCAGAGAAUGGAAAGACUACAAAGCCGGCUUUGGAAACCUUGAACGAGAAUUUUGGCUGGGCAAUGAUAAAAUUCAUCUUCUGACCAAGAGUAAGGAAAUGAUUUUGAGAAUAGAUCUCAAAGACUUCAAUGGUCUCACACUUUAUGCUUUGUACGAUCAGUUUUAUGUGGCUAAUGAAUUUCUCAAAUACCGAUUGCACAUUGGUAACUAUAAUGGCACAGCGGGAGAUGCCUUACGGUUCAGUAGACACUACAACCAUGACCUGAGGUUUUUCACCACCCCAGACAGAGACAAUGACCGGUACCCCUCUGGGAACUGUGGGCUCUAUUACAGCUCAGGCUGGUGGUUUGAUGCAUGUCUCUCUGCAAACUUAAAUGGCAAAUAUUAUCACCAGAAAUACAAAGGUGUCCGCAAUGGGAUUUUCUGGGGCACCUGGCCUGGUAUAAGCCAGGCACAGCCUGGUGGCUACAAGUCCUCCUUCAAGCAGGCCAAGAUGAUGAUUAGACCCAAGAAUUUUAAGCCAUAAAUUGCUAGUGUUCAUCUCUCUGGGCACUCACUAUCUAAGAGGACAGUGCAUUCCUUCAGUUCUUUAUCAUAUGCCUCGGUUUAUAUUCCUUUCCUAUAGCUAAACACUUUACAGCUUUUAAAAUAAAGCUGAAAAUAUCUAAAAAGACUCCUUUAUUGCUGUUAUAUGAAGAAUGCUUGAAGGCACUGGAAAUAUUGACAAUUAUACAUUAUAAUUGCAAAACUUUUAAUUUUAUUAGUUGAAAAGUUUCCUACUAUUUUUAUUAUUUUUUUAUAAUAAAAACCUAAAUUAUUCAGCAAGCUAAAUUCUAUACACACAAGUUUUAUUUUCACUAGGGCUAAACAUACACAUUUGAAAGUGUAACAGUCUUUUUAGGGUACACUUACUUGUGUAUCUGUAGCCAAGAACUGUAGUAUUUUCUUUGGUCCAAGAAGAACUUAAAGCAUUUUAAUUCUCAAAAAGAAGUGUGGGGAUGGGGGGCAGGGAUAUAUGUAUAGCUAAAUUUAUUCAUCUAAUGCAAAAUAUGGCAUUAAAAUACCUGUAAAAUGUGGUAGCAUAAUAUAUGUCUUUUCCCUCUCCAAAUUGGAAAAUAAUGUUUCCCUGAAGACUUUGGUUUAGCGGUAAUUCACUUACUAUUUAUAGCCUCUUAGACCCUGAUACAAAAGCUGCUUUAACCCCUCUCUGCUUUCUGUGCACAAUAGUUUGUAAUGUAAGGUGCUAGACUACUGUAAGGCUUCCUUGGGGAAAGGAAUGGUAAGAAAAAAAACAUUUAUUUAUACUUUGAAAGCCAAUCCUAUACCCAAAGCAGUACUAUUGUUAAGGAAUCAACUUCCUAGGAAGCAGAUUUUCCUAGAAUAAAUUUAUUUAUUAUGAUGGAUUUUGAAAUAGUUCAAAUCAUAUAUUUUAAUCUUAAGUAGUCAAUUGUUUAUUUCAUUCUCAGAAAUUCGAAGAAAAAAUAUAUACAUACAAUUAUAUACAAAUACACACACACACACACACACAAUUUUAGCCGAAUGUAAAUACCUGGAAUUCCCUAAUUGCGGAAUGCCAAGGGUGGUAUUAAAAAGCUUUGGAGGCAGUUUAAUUUUAUUAUUGUGAAGAGGGAUCACUUCAGAGAGAAAUAUCCAGCUGCACAUUUAAAAAUGCUCUUGAGUAGAAUUUGAAGUACUGCGUGCAGUUAGUGAUAUGUAGUAGCUGACUGUACAGUGUGCAGUGUUUAAGCAAUAACUUUGAUCUUUAAGUUUUGGUGUAGUUUCUCAUAUACUAACCAAGCUUUCAAAAUAUAUGUACAAAGAUUCCACUUCAGUUAUUCUUUAAAUAUAAUUAGGGAAGGCAGUUACUGACUUGAGUACUUAAAUUUUCAAAUAUGUAAGCACUGUUAAAAAAACUUUUAAAAGAGCAAAGUAUUUUUAAAACGUGCAACAUGAAGCUUUCAGGUAAAUACAAUGAAAACUAAGCUAUUGGUAAUAUAAUUAAAUUGCCAGAGUAAGGUAAAUGCAUGCUGAAUCAAAUGACCAAAAUGUAAAAUAUAGAUUUCAAAGGCUGUUUACCUACUUGGUAAAAUAUUAAAUGUAAGUGUCAAUAACUAAUUUUAUCUUAUUUUGCUUUUUAAAAAGACUAAGAAGAUAUUGCGAUUAUACAAUUUAUGUGUUUUAAAUCCUGUUUAUAAUAUGUAACCAUGUAAGUCUAAUGACAUUUCUGUCAUGAAAAUGGAUUUAUUAUAGCAAAAAAACUAUGCAUUCAUCUUUAGUGUAUCUUUUUCAGAAUAACAAGGAAUCCAUGUAAAUACUCUAAUAAUCCAAAUGUUUUCUAUUAUACUCUUAUGAUGUUUUUCUAAUGAAUUCUUUAACACAGAAAUUUAUUUUUGGAAUCACUUUAUGUCACUCGUUUAAAAAUAUAUUGUAGACUUUGAUAAUCUUUAACCUGUUUACUGAAAUAGUCCUUAGCCUUAAAGAUGUACUAAUAUAUGCCAAUACUCAUAAAUGUACACUCUUUGCAAAUAUGUAUUUUUAGAGUCUUGGUUUCAUUUGGGUGGCUAGGGUUGAUCUUAAUUAUCACUUUAUUGCUGGACAUUAUUAUCCUUUAAAAUGCUGAGUGGAGCUAGUUUCUUAGGAAUCUGGUUGGGUCACCUCUCACUGAAUGAGAAAGCCAUACUUCUGAAAAGUAAUAAUGCAGCGAACGUAUUCAGCUGUGUGACAGAUAGAGCUUGUGUGUGCAAAGCACAGGAAGCAUUGGAGACACAGUAUUGGCUGGUCCUGGAUUUCCAACAGCUGCCCCUCACCCCUCAAAAAGUUUUCAAGACAGAAUGGACAUAUGCAAUUACAAUAAACUCUUGUUUAAGAUUUCUUUUCAUUGAUGUAUAAUUAAGGCUAUGUUUCAUGUUUCUUUAAAGCCUUGUAAAAUAAAAGAUUUAAUCUUCAUAUCUA